AGACAUACACCCUUCUGUUUCUACCGCUAGUCGCCACAGUACGUAGUAAAUGCGGUAGUAAAUAAGAAUCCCGCGCAGUAUCGGCGCAAGCGCAUGUCCCGACGUUUGUCUGCGAGUACUCAUAAUAGCCUAUUACGAAAGAUCGUUAGUUCGUGCUAGUCUUGACACGCCGGUGUUUUAAAAUGGCACAAUCCCUUGUUAUUAUGUCAAACGGUUCCGAGAUUAUGUCUACUAAAAAUUAUUUGAAAGAGAAAGAAUUGAAUGGGGUGAAUGCGUCUGAAGUGUCAAUGUUAGUUCCGAUACAAUCGAAAUGCAUCGGACGGAAUGAUCGGAGGGUUUUGGUGAUUUAUACCGGUGGUACCAUCGGGAUGGUCGCCAACGAUGAAGGUGUAUUAGCACCCAAGAAGAAUAUGUUCGAGCAGCUCAUCCGAGAGUUCCCUCAACUGAAUGACCGUCCCUUAUACGAACAGCGACGUAGCGAAGUUGAUUUCGACAGCGCCCUUCUCGUCUUGCCAAAGACCACGGAUGUGGAUAUACGAGUGUAUUAUAAAAUCUAUGAGUACGAAACUCUUCUGGACUCGUCGAACAUGACCGAGCAAGAGUGGAUAAAGAUCGCGCAAGACGUUAAGAUUUAUUAUGAGGAAUACGAAGGCUUCGUCAUACUGCACGGUACUGAUACAUUGUGUUACACCGCCUCGGCACUGUCCUUCAUGUUCGAGAACUUGGGGAAGGCUGUAGUGCUGACUGGAUCUCAGAUUCCUAUCUUCGACCCUCGUAGUGAUGGAGUGGAUAAUUUCGUCUCGUCGCUUCUCAUUGCGGGUGCGAUCAGUGUGCCUGAGGUCACCAUUUUCUUCGACAAAAAAUUGUAUAGAGGAAACAGGACUCGCAAAAUCUCCGCUACACAUCUCCACGCUUUCGACUCGCCGAACUGCGUCCCGAUCGUCGAGGUUGGACUUGACUUGCAAGUGAACAAGGCAGCCAUCUUCAAACCCAGCACCAUUGAGAAGUUCAACCUGCAUGCCAAUAUGUCUAAGAACGUUGGCUUGUUGAGAAUCUUUCCUAACAUCAGCUCGUCUGUCAUUAAGGCCUUCUGCCAGCCCCCUAUUGAAGGUGUGGUGUUGGAGUGCUACGGAUCUGGUAAUAUCCCUUCCAAUAGACAAGAUAUCCUUGACGUGAUCGCCGAGGCGGUGAGCAGGGGCGUUCUGAUGGUCAUUAUCACUCAAUGCAACACUGGAAGCGUGUCUGCCGUCUAUGAAACUGGACAACUUAUCGCCAAAUACGGUGUUGUGUCUGGCUAUGACAUGACACCUGAAGCGGCCCUCACCAAACUGUCUUACGUGUUGACCAAGACUGAACUGAGUUAUAAGGAAAAGACUCAGAUGAUGGAGCGAAAUAUUCGCGGAGAGCUCACAAACAUGACAUCAAUGGUUAUUGAGGAUCAUACCAUGAAGGAAGCGCUCGCGUCCAGUCUUAACAUCGAGUCGCCGAAAAAAAUAUUGGAGGUGACAGAGAGGGUGAUUUCCUCCCUGCUGCGGUACGGAAUCGAACAUAGCGACGAACCGAUCGUGCACAAGUUGCUAGAUAUGGGUGCAGACGUGAACGCUCAGGAUUCUGAAGGAAGGACUCCGCUCCAUGAAGCGAUACUGAGAGGUUACGUGCCUAUAGUCGAGAUGUUGCUCAAGAAUGGCGCCAACGUGCAUUAUAAAACAAGGAUUGGCGAGUGUCCUCUAAUGACAGCGGUGCACUGCGACGACCCCAUCACCAUCGAACUCCUGAUGAAAUGCGGCGCUCACUUCACCAGCGCGGACCGCAAACAGAUCGCGGAGAUGGUGAACCUGGCCACCAGGAACGGGGCGGUCAAGCGGCUGGAGUCCCUCAAACUGGCUGGAGCUGAUCUGAAUAUCAAGGACGAGUUGCACCAAACGCCUUUGCAUAAGGCCGUGCUGUGCAACUGUCCCGAAGUCGCUUAUUACUUGAUCGCGAACGGUUGUGCGACGGACAAGCCUGAUAUACUAGGCAACACUCCGGAAGACUACGCGGAGAAAUUGGACAGAGAAGCAUUUAUUGAAGUAUUAAGGAAGAAAGUUUGAACGAAAUACUUUUUAAAAGUAUUUUUUAAUUAUCGGUAAAUGCUGUUGAAACAGACAUUUCGCCAUUUUAGUUAUUAUAAAUUGGUCUAAAAUUUUGUUCGGAACGCUUUUAUAAUAAGUCUAGUAUUCAUAAAGCGCUUACAUAGUACCUCAAAAUUAAAUUUUAUUUAAUACUUAUUUAUUUAUGCGCAAGUAGAGUUCAAUUCAUGUUGAUGUAGAGUCGGAUAGACGUCUAGCAUUAUAUAUUUACACGUUAUAGUGAAUUGAACUGUAUGACUAUUACUGUAAUUUAUAAACUUGUGUAGCAAAUAUGAAGACGUUUGGGGACGCUUACCAAUACUACGACAAUGUAAAUUGGGCCUAAAAGUCAAUUAAUAUUUUUUUAAGAAAUUAUUCCUAAAUCUUUGCAUAGCCUCACCGAUUACUCGUGCUUCGAUACGUAUGGAACGAAUCGCUCAAGGGUGUUUGUUCGGUGAAGGGCCUUAAUUUCGUGCACAUGCUUAUAUAACUCGGAUAGUUAAUACUCACACCCACAACAUAUUUUAGACAAUUUGGAAUCUAUUGACAUAUUUUCAUUUCUGCUAGUUUAUACUUAGCUUUAUAGGUCUCUAACAAGAAUCUGAUUUGGAUCUGCUGUGAAUUAUAUGGUAUUAUUUGCAUUUAAUUAAUUCAAAUAAAUUUUAAAAUUA